UGCUGCUGCUGCUUCGUGACUCAAUCCGAGGCAUUACCUCAUCUGCUAAAAAUGUGGUCCCUCGCUUGUGGAGUGUCACCACCACCAAGUGCUGCCCAUGGUUCGAUGAUGCCCGUCCUCCGUUACGACUCAUCAGAUCUUGGGCCUUCUCGGCCCCGCGGGGCCGAUUAAGUAAAUACUCAUUAUCAAAACAUCCAUUUCAAGUCGCCCGGUAAGGCGCACUCCCUCGGCGUGGCUCUCGAGUCGAGUCGACGGCAGAAUUAGUGAUCGAGCUUGUCUUGUAACCACAUCGGGAAGGGAGGCGGUCGGACAGGAACGCAACUAAUUAGUGAUCCACCGGCCGAACUGUUGCGCUUCGUGUCUGUCGUCUGUCUGCUCGUGAAGAUCGCCACGACUAAAGGGGGCUACUGGCGUUACCAGUGGAUGUCGGUUGAAUGUUUCGCGUGAGCCACCGACGCUUACGUCAGUGAUAAUAGAAAACAUGAUGCCGCUGAUGGACCCUUAUGCCACGCAAUAUCGCUCCCUUUUAUCGGUUGUAGCCCCAAAACGGCAUAACGGCACCGCAUACGGAGGCGAGGCGCAGACGUGUUGAUUAAAGGAGGCCAUGAAAGCCGCAGUUUACGAUAUUAAUUAGUGUAACGGAUUGCGGAUGAUGUUCCUGUGCCCCGAGUACGGACUGCCAACCCAUUGCGACCGGCAAUUUAUAUCCUGCCGAGUGUGUGUGUGUGUGUAACGUUCGGGAAUUUCGGGACCCCAAACUAACGGUUGAACCGCGAGGUCAUAGGUUGUGCCUUACGGCCCCGUUACAAAAAAGAUUGACGCAUCGCAACCCGAAGGUAGGAAUGUCUGUCGAGCUGUCAUGCGCUUAUUAAUCUGCAUUUUGUGUCCGUCGGAACUGCCCGCGAGAAAAGGAAGGUACUUGCGUAUUCAUGCGGUGACGUGCCAAUCACGAAACAUCUGUCCAUCAACCGGUGGCCGUUAACCACCGGCGGCGGAGGCCGGUGUUGCGCGAAUAUUAUCCAAAGUAUGCACACUUCACUGUUACCUGACACCAAUCACUCCCAUUCCGGGCUUUUGGGGGUCCGGUGUGGGGUCGUGUGGAUCGGGGUGGACAAAAGCCCAUCGCGGUGGAUGGUUUCGGUGGUUUCACGCCCACCCCCCUUCUUGUCUCAAAAAAAAAACCACCGGCAGCGUCCAUCCGACAUUAUGACACGUAACCUCCGGGGCUCCGCCGGCGCAGACAGCCGGUCUGCAGCAAACGCAAACGGAUUCGUGGUCGUGAAAUCGCCUUUCCAUGGCUUCCAGGGUGUAGUAACACCGGGUUGCCAGCGGUGUUGUUGGCUUGCAGGCGAUGUUUUUCUGGACCUCCUUCACGGCCAAGACCUAGGGGCCAACGCACCAGUUUUGACAGUUUUGAAUUACAAAUAAGUAUUACGGGAUUUUUUUUUUGGGUGGGGGGCUGCCUCGGCGGAAGCAAUACAUUCUUACAUUCUCGCUCUCGUUACUUUCUAUCUGCACCAUAAAGCGGCCGUUCUUAUGCAGCUGCGGGAUGGGUGCGAAUGGUGUGAACGUUUGGCCAGCGCCUCGGAACACCUUAAGGGGGGUGUCAUCGGCGUCUCCAUUCCCACGGAACGUUAGAAGUCGUUCUGUGGACAAUUUGUUUCGCUUUGGCACGGAAUGGCCAUCCACAGACCAUUUGCUCAUCAUACAGGUGUCCAUUCUGCGCCCUGCCGGGAACUCAACGGUGGUCUCGGUUACUCGAUUAACUCGACGAUGACCACCACCAGCAGUAGCGGAGAUCCCGCACGCAUCGCUUUACUUAUGAGCUCCCACUCCUCACGCUUCUUCCGGAACACCCACCGAAAAAAUGUUUAAUGCUCCCGAACUGUCUUAAUGGCCUUGGUCGCCGCAUCGUGAGCGCGCGAGCAUGCGGCCAUUACGGUGAGGCGUUUAGAUAGCGUUAGAGCGAUAGGAGCUACGGUCCGUUCCCCAUCGUUUUAGACCAUGACCAUCAAGUGGGCCAUGAUUGCGUUGCGAUGGUUUGCGCGUGCGCGUGUAACCAAGGCCAGCAGCCUACGCCGCAGCAGCAGCAGGAGGAAAAUCCAGAAUUUUCCAAAAUCCAAUUUCACUCAUUCAUCUCCAUCCAUCUAUCCAUUCCUUUGCGGUUUUCCUUCGGCAACAGCAGAGAUCCGUCGAGUGCGCGCCCGCGUGUGUGUGUGUAAAGUGAAAGAGGAAGGCAGGUCAGCGGUUAAUUGAAGAAUUUUUGGAGUUUAAUUCAGAGCACUGAGGCGCUUCCGACGAGCGGCCACGAGUGAGAAGCUGCUGGGAAAAGCUUCCCCCCAUAAACGAGCCAUUGUGUGCCAGCAACCAGUGUGGUUUGUGUUGUGUGCCCGUGUGUGUGUGUGCGUGUGUGCGCUUAGAAGAGGAGCUGUUGUAUUAAGAGGGCUUUGCGUUCUAGAGCGCAAUAUAAGUGCGCAACACUGACUUCGCGAGAUCGCGCCAAUCGCAGACGGAGGUGCUAAAACACAGUCUGCACUACAAGCUGACAGGAUGAGUCGAGACGAUGUUUGUCGCCGUCUGGCGACACCAGCAGCAGCAGCAGGAGCAGCAACAACAACAGCAGCAGCAGCAGCAGCAGCAGUCAACAGAAGAGACUCUUACUCAGCGCGAUUGAUGACAGUAACGGUGCUGCUCGCGGUUCUUGGCGCAUUCGUCGGUCAGGUUACGGCACAGGACGCCGAGUUUGCGCCGCACGUCACGGCAACCUGCAAGACGGGCACGAUGAACAUCCGGAUCCAGUUUACCGGCCCGUACAAUGGCGUCGUGCACGCACGGGACUUUCGGACACCGGCCUGUAUGACCUUCGGUAACGGGACGUCGUCGUUGGCGCUCAGCCUCAACCUGGUGGCCAAGUCCGGCAACAGCGAGUACUGUGGCACUCUCGUCAGUAACGUGAGUGAUGGUGAUCGCUCCGAGGCACGCUCCGUUCAGUUGGCCGUCCGGGUACACAAAACGCUGGAACUGGCCGACGACAAAUUCUACAUUAUCACUUGCGGCAAAGCAGGAUUCGCGAGCGAAGACAGUGGGGCCGUUGCUCUGAAGUUCCUCGACAACAAUGGCAACCAUGUGCGGGAAGCGGUGUACAACCGGGAGUAUACGAUCAAGGCGGAAGUGAAAAACUCCAACGGAUCGUACGGCAUUCGGGUGAAGAACUGUUUCGCCUUCAACAAGAAGAACGCAUCCGUCGCCCUGAUCGAUGACCGCGGAUGUCCACUCAAGAACGACACGAUGACGCGGUUCCGGACGAGCGCGGACGGUACCAGUGCGACGGCGAUGAUAACGUCGAUGUUUAGGUUCUCCGAAGGAUCCGAAGUGAACUUUCAGUGCGAUGUGGUGCAAUGCAACGGCCGUUGCCCCGAGCUGGACGAUGCAAUUUGUAGCAGCGGUGAUGGGGCCGCUGUCCUGAAGACAGCGCGUGCCCUCGGACAGGUCGACGAUGGUAUGCAGCUUGCGGCGACAACCGUGUUCGUGACUGAUCCGGCGAUCGCACCGGCGAUCUGUGCAGAUCCGGGCAUCCGUCCGCACUGGUUACUGUGGCUAACGAUCGCUCUCGGUGUCCUGUUUCUGAUCAUGCUGCUUAUGAACAUCUUCCUGUGUACGGCCAUGAGCUGUAGCUGUGCGCAGACCGAGAUAAUCGAAAAGGAACCGUCGAUCAUCGAAGAGUACGACCCAUACAGGAGUUGGCACGGAUCGCAGUAUGGUUCGCGGUACUCACUGCACGGUGGCCGUGAUGGAGGGCACAACAAGGGCUACACGAGCGGUGGCAGCACGAUCCAUUCCAACCGAUCACUACCCAUCGACUCGGAUCACUAUGCGAUCGUUCACAGUCGACCAGGAUCGCGACACUCCGGGCUGCAUGGCCAUCGGCCUCGAGGACCACCGAGCAAUAUGUAAAACCGCGUCCCGUGCUAUCGGCUGACUCGGAGAGAUCGCACUCCGUCGUGCGGUCGCUUAGCGGCGGUUGUAGCUCCCUUUCUCCAAAUCCAGCGCAUGCUAUGCCAUCCGAAUCCGGUUGGAGGGGUUCUCUUUCGUCCAGGGCUGCGCAAAGACCGAAGCCUCACGCAGUGUCCCCUCUGCCGUUAUUUGUAAAUAAUCCAAUCAGCGUAAAAGCGGAGUCCAAUGGGAACAUGGAAAGGGCGGACAAAAAAAAAAGGAACAGGAAAAAGAAAACCGGGAGCGUGUGUGCUUUUGAUGCACACUGACGGCAGACAUUUUACCUUAACGCUAGUGAGUGAGGACAUUUUACAGUGAACCAUGGGUGAAUCCGUUUCCUGGAAACAGAGACAAACGUAGCGAACGAAAGAUUUCAAAUCCUGUCCAUCUAACGACCGGUUUGGUGGAUGCUAGACCACCGUGGGCUAAUGGUAUUCUUAUAUUCAUUAUCACACUUCACAGUACACUUCAGCUUUCUUCCUUCCUUUCGUCGUUCGAAAUUCGGAAAACGGGAGCAGAAGACUGAUAUACGCCAUUUAACUGUAGGACUUGCUUAGUGGCUACAGCGAUGAGGCGUGCGAUCUUCCGAAAGAUAAGAAGGAGAGAUCAAACUGUUGCUAGCAUUUUUUUUGCUUGCACACCACAACCCGAAGAAUCCAUUGGCCCACUAUAGAAGUAGUUCUAACGGAACGGAAAGCAGGAAUGCAGCACACGGUCGUCCUUCGGUACACAAACCCGAGCUCACCAGGAACGAUGGUGUGUGUACACUGUGAGAGCAAUGAAAUAGAUUAAUAAUACACAAUACAGAGAAACCGACACAAUAGUAAGCAAAACGGCAACGCAGCUUAAAGCAUAUUCUAAGCGGUUGCAACGUCACCUGCACUUACAGAAAAAAAGGGAAUGAUAAUGACUCAUAAUUGUGUAAAUGCGGUAGAACAAAAUAGAUAAUAAAGUUACGUACACUAAU